AUGUUAGUACAGACUCUUGAACAACGUCUACAUCGCGAGCACGGUCCUGAAAAAAUGCCUCCAGGAAAACAAAUAGCCAUUGCUUUAUGGUUCUUUGGUAAUCAGGAAGUUUACAGAUCAAUUGCAGAUCGAUUUGGAGUAUCCAAAGAUACAGUUUGGAAGUGUGUAUUUGAGAUUGCAACACUACUAACUGAAGAUGCCUACAGAUAUAUAAAAUGGCCUGAACCACGUGAAAUGGCUAUCGUUGAAAGAGAAUUUCGUCAACUACAUGGUUUUCCUGGAGUAAUUGGUGCAGUUGAUGGUUCCCAUAUAGCAAUAAGUGCACCUACAGAAAAUCCUGAUAAUUAUAUUAAUCGUAAAGGGUAUCAUUCAAUUUUAUUACAAGGAAUUUGUGAUUAUACAUUAAAAUUUAUUGAUGUUUUCACGGGAAUGUGUGGGAGCGUUCACGAUGCAAGAGUAUGGCGUUUAAGUGAUAUUGCAACAUUAAUAGCACAAGAUGAAAAUAGAUACUUUCAAAAUCAGUAUCAUCUUCUAGCAGAUUCAGCAUAUCCAUUAUCAAAUUAUAUGUUAACUCCAUAUCGAGAUAACGGUCAUUUGAACAAUGUACAAAGAAGGUUUAAUACAACACUCUCAAGAACACGUGUAGUCAUCGAGCGUGCUUUUGGGAUGUUAAAAGAAAAUGAAGAUGCACCUAUAGAUGACGAUAGAUUUGACGAAAUAGAAAUACAAGAUAAUGACAUUGCAUUUACAAAUGGAACAGAAAAAAGAGACAUUAUCUCUAAUUUAUUAUAA